GAACUUCCGGCUGAGUGUACCCGGAAGAUUUGGAUGCAAGUUUCUCGGACGUUCACCCAUAUGUUCGAUUUUUAUGUAUCGAUCAAUGGUUUUUAUUUAAUUUAGGUAAUUUUAUAAACUCAAUACUGGGACGAUGUUGUCUUUAGAUUUCCUUGAUGAUGUGCGGCGGAUGAAUAAGCGCCAGCUCUACUACCAGGUGUUGAAUUUUGGUAUGAUAGUGUCCUCAGCCCUGAUGAUCUGGAAAGGACUGAUGGUAUUGACAGGCAGCGAGAGCCCUAUUGUUGUCGUCCUCAGUGGAAGUAUGGAGCCUGCUUUCCAUCGAGGAGACCUUCUGUUCCUGACAAACCGGGUCGAGGACCCCAUCAGAGUCGGAGAGAUUGUGGUCUUCAGGAUAGAGGGCAGAGAGAUCCCCAUAGUACACAGAGUACUAAAGAUUCAUGAAAAGGAAAAUGGCGAAAUCAAGUUCCUGACCAAAGGUGACAACAACUCUGUAGAUGACAGAGGGCUAUACAAGCCGGGACAGCACUGGCUAGAGAAGAAAGACGUGGUGGGACGAGCCAGAGGGUGA